CUGCGCAUAUUGUCCUUCCCUUGCCUCAUUGCGUCAUGGAGGAGUACGCGAGGGAACCGUGCCCAUGGCGCAUUGUGGACGACUGUGGUGGUGCCUUCACCAUGGGGGUCAUGGGUGGGGGGCUGUUUCAAGCAGUUAAGGGCUUCAGGAAUGCUCCAAGUGGCAUCUCCCGGCGCUUCGCUGGAAGUCUAGUGGCAGUGAAGCAGCGUGCCCCAAUUGUUGGAGGACAGUUUGCUGUGUGGGGAGGACUCUUUUCCACUAUAGACUGCUCACUGGUGUAUGUGCGCAAGAAAGAGGACCCUUGGAACUCUAUAAUUUCUGGAGCAGCAACAGGUGGAAUUCUAGCAGCAAGAAGUGGAGUUGCAGCAAUGGCAGGGAGUGCAGUGAUUGGAGGGAUGCUUCUGGCAAUGAUUGAGGGCGUUGGCAUCCUGCUGACACGCUUCACAUCUGAGCAGUUCAAGCCACAGGCCCCAGGAGAGAUGAGUGACCCCUCAGUGCUUGGACCUCCACAGACUAUCCUAAAUACAGAAGCAAACUAUCAGUAGCAGUGUUAGUUUCUUUUAACUUUUUGAGAUUUUGUAUUUGGAGGAAACUGAACUAAGUUAUUAAUGUGAGUGAUCUGACAUCAUUAGCUCAAGAAGAUAUCUUUAUUGUGCCACACAUGCAAUUUUGCCUUAAAUGCUGAAAGAAAUUAAUUAUAUUGUUUUGAGUGUAUGACAAAUAAUUUGCAUGAUACCAAGAAAGCAAGGGCAACAUCAUCUAAAGGUGGCAACAAGUCUCAUGACAAGGUGGCAAAAAACUCACCAUAAAAUUUAAUGUACUCCCUUAUGGCUCACUCAGGGGUAUGAGGCAACCCCUCAGUCAUUCCUGGCUGUGUAGUGAGGGUAGAGUGGGUGACAUGCUGCAUAGUGAAACAUCCAAGAUGUUAAUACACACUACUGUAAACAAAAUGAUAAAAAGUGAGUCGUGCACAACAAAAACCUGGUCAUAAAUAAGAAAGACCCUAGUGUGACAAACACCAUAAUUUUUGUUUUAUGAUAAACCACCAGAAAUGUUGUCAGCAAUCAGGCAGACAUGUUGGUAGACGCAGGUUUAGUGGUAAAUUGUGAUGGUAUUGUGUCUUGAUUGUAUGUUAGGAAAACUGGAGGUGGCAUCUUCUGCAUGUAAUGUGGGCUCUCUCCUUGACAGUUAUGACAUACAUAUUCAAGGGAAGGAAAGAUUGCUCAGUGCAAUUGACCACACUACAUUCACACUCCCUGAUGUAUUGAUAAUGAUUAAGGAAAUUCUAAUUUGUUGAGCAGGUCACCAAAGUAAAAUAAGGAUUCCACUUUCUUCAUCACUGCACUGAGACACUGGGCUGAUGCCAAUAACUGGGAUUUUUUUUUCUACUCAGUCCCUUUAUAAGCAUUAAUUUAUCAUAGGAGUAAGUAUUUUUACCUAUAAGAUUUAUUAUGUAAUACCAUUGUGCUGAUAAAUUAUAAUGAGGGACACUGGUGGUUGGCUUCAGUCCACUGGCAACAUAGUUUGAAAAAAGUGUAUGAAUAUUCUCCUAUUAAAGGCAUUUUCUUGUAAAAGGUGCACAGCACUAUCCAAUUGCCUCACAGGACUCAUUUGAGGUGGAGUUCAGUGCUUGCUCCUGAAGCAAAGUGAAAAAGGCCUGUACUAGGAUAGGGAAAGACUGAGGAGGCAGUUUGUUUAUGUCAGUCUCCUACCCAAAGGGAACUUAAUGUAGCUGUCAUGAUAGUUUAUAAGGAAUAUUUCUGAAUUCUCAGGUGAUGCAAUGAUGCUGUUGAUCUCCCUUUGCAGCGUUUCCUGAGGAAUAUGAUGUACAGUGUUGAUCUUGUAAAUACAAGUGUGUAGAUGAAUGAAAGGGCGAAAGAUGUACUAAAGAUGUUUGUGAAAUGUAUAGCAUAAAUAUAGCCUUGUUUUUUUA